AUGUCUCAGUGCUGCAUCGCGGUGCAUUGUGGGAUCGGUGUUGCCAGAAGGAUUAUCCCGAGUCUCCCGACCAGAGUGGACAUGGAGCAUUUAGGGAGAACUUCAGCGUUCCUGCUUUUUUGUUUCUUCUUGAAUCUUCUGUCUGUCCACGGCGUCUCCCAUCAAAAAACAACAGUGUCCUGGUGUGUGAUAUCGGAUGCGGAGGAGCAGAAGUGCAUGGAUCUGGCCGGGAACGCCACAGCUCGGAAUAUCAGAGGGAACUUGCAAUGCGUUCGAGGCCUGAACACCAGGGACUGCAUGGAGAAAAUUAAAAAUGGGAGCGCAGAUGCAGCCUCCAUGUUUGCCGAUGACAUCUAUGCUGCGGGUCUGUGUCACGGCCUGGAAGUGUCAGCAGGGGAGUCCCUCAAUGGAAUGGAUGGCAUCAGCUACUAUGUGGUGGCGCUGGCCCGUCGCUCCUCGUCCGACUUGUCCCUUUUGGAGAUGCAUGAACGCAGCUCCUGCCACCCCGGCAUGCGCACCACCGUGGGCUGGACCGUUCCCAUCGGCUACCUGGUCAACACCUCGCAGAUCAGCGUUGGGGAGCAGUGCAACUUCCCUCGUGUGGUGGGCAACUUCUUCGGUUACAGCUGCGUACCUGGCAUCAAGGACCCCCAGCAUGACCCCAGAGGCAACAACCCCAAGAACCUGUGUGAGGCCUGCAUAGGCGAUGAGAAUGACAGACACAUCUGCGCCAGCAACCCCCGAGAGCGACACUAUGGUGAGGCGGGGGCCCUGAGGUGUGUGGCUGAGAACCUCGGUGACGUGGCUUUUGUCAAGCACACAACUGUCUUUGACAAUUUGGAUGGAAAGAACCAGGAGUCGUGGGCUCUGGAUCUGGAAGUGGAGGACCUGAAACUGCUGUGUCCCGAUGGCACAGAGGCGGAUCUGGAGGACUACAAACGCUGCCACCUGGCUGCCGUUCCCGCCAACGCCGUGGUGGUACGCAUGGAGGACAAGUGUCGUGUCUGGAAAUACUUGGAACGCCUUCAGAACAUCUUCGGCAACACCAGCGACGGCUUCAGCCUGUUUAGCUCUGCUGGAUACCCCGACUCUGACGUGCUGUUCAGUGACUCCACCCACCACCUGCUGAGGGUCCUGGGGGGCUUCACCUCCUGGCUGGGCCACUCCUACACCAGCACACUGCAGGCCUUUGAAUGUCAAGGCUUCUGCUGAUGAAACCCGAAAGCAGACAUCUCACAUCCACUUUCGCUUGCUACUCCCUUUGCUCCUUCGACACUUUUGUUCCUUAAUGUCCUUGUUGUGGUCCCCAUUUAGAACUUCCAAAGUACCGCCUGUCAGGGUGGAGCUCUCUUAAGAGGGGCUAAUCUGCUCAAACUGCUAUAAAAUGUCCCUGAAACAGUGUGUGGAUUUAGGAAGGACAAAGCAAGAAAGGACGGGAAGUAAGAGUAUAGAAAAAAAGAUACAAUAGAACUACAUUGAAGAUUUUACAAAUAAAAAGUAUGUCUCAUAAGGAUUUUCUACCCAGAUAUACUUUGU